UCUCUGUGUUUUAACACGCUGUCUAAGUUGGUCAUAGGCUUCCUUCCAGGGAGCAGGCGAGCCCAGUCUUGUCCCACUGACCCAGCUUGGAGAAGGACUUGAUCUGGCGGUUCAGCCUUGUGCUCAGGAUCUGGCCCCUAGAUCUGGUGCCUGGGGUUCAGGAUCGCCUCUGCCUGUGCCCCAGCCCUUGUCUCCUCUGUCAGGGCUUCCAUCAGGCCUGGAACGGGGAUUGCGGCCGCAGUCCCCCUGGGGGAUGGGAGGGGCUACGUGGCCACGAGUGUGACGAAUGUGGAUGCUGUGAGCACUGCAGAUGUGUGAACUCUGGGAAAGAUAUUCACAUGCACGCUCGCUGUGAGAGCCAAACUCGCUCCUGGUUCUGCUCUGCCUGCUUGACGAGGUGACCGCUUGCUCGAGGGGACGCUGGUCACUCUGAAGCUCACCUGCCCAUUUGUGAUAGCUUCCCCUCUUAAGACACAGACCACGAGCUGCUGCUCGUCUGGAUAAUUCGUUAGUUUUCUUUGACAUCUUCCUCACCUCUUCCUUGUGGAAUUUCUCAAAAAGGACAGUGGGCCAGACGUGGGUGGUGGUUUCUUCUUGUGCAAGGCAGCCUGGGGGUUGAAGGUCAUUCGUUUGAGCGGCACAGGGUCAAGCUGGAAUCAGUGAGGCGGCUUUGGGCAUUUCUGCCCCUGUGACCGAGCUCUGUGCACUAAUCAUGGCCUGUUUUCAGGAAGUGAGCAGAGUUGCUGACUCAGGUUCAGAAGGCGACACGUGACUCUUCAUCUUCCCUGAGGCUGGGUGUUGAGUUCCCUGUUACCUCAACGUCCUUGCCAGUUUCUGUUCUGGAGGGUUCACUGAAGUUCACGAGCAUGUAGCUCGUGAGAGGAGCGGAAGUGGUGGGGGGUGGGACAGAAGGUUCUCGUGGCCGCCACGAGGAUACUGUCCUUGUUCAAUUCAUGACUUUCGGCGUCUGUGAACGGGGAGGCCGUCGGCCUGCAGCCCAAUUCACACCUUUGUGGAGUGAGAAUCGAUUCACACCUUCGUGGAGUGAGCGUUUCCUGUCGUGAUAGAACCCCAUGCUCCGGUGGCGGCUUCAAGGAACAGAAACGCGCUGUCUCGUGGGCCUGGAGGCUGGACGUCUGAAAUCAGGUGGGCAGGGCCUGCUCUGUCUGAAGGCUCCCCCACCCCCAGCUUCAGGACGGGAGCAGUUCCACGGCCUGGGCUCCAUGUACUGCCGGGGGGCGGCUGCAGUCAUCCUCACCUACGACGUGAACCACGCCCAGAGCCUGCUGGAGCUGGAGGACCGGUUCCUGGGCCUGACGGACACGGCCAGCGCCGACUGCCUGUUCGCUGUCGUGGGCAACAAGGUGGACUUGAGCGAGGAGGCGCCCGGCGAGGGCGGCCAGGGAGGAGGACAUGACCCCGGGCAGGCGGGUGGGGGCUGCGGCAGCUCCAAGCAGGUGCAACUGGAGGACGCGAUGGCCUUUUACAAGAAGAUCCUCAAGUACAAGAUGCUGGACGAGAAGGACGUGCCGGCCGCCGAGCAGAUGUGCUUCGAGACAAGCGCCAAAACUGGCAAGAACGUGGACCUGCUGUUUGAAACGGUGUUCGACAUGGUGGUGCCCGUGAUAAUGCGGCAGAGGGCCCAGGCCCCGCCACAGACGGUGGACAUCGCCAGCGCCCCGCCGCCCGCACGGACCAGAUCUGGGUGCUGCUCUUGACGCGCCCCGGCCCGGUCCUGGGGACCCGGGUGGGCUGAGGAGCCGAUCGGGGUCACUCUGUAGGACUGCACGUGGAGGAGGAGCCGGGAGGAAGUGCCAGCCAGUCCCCAAGACAAGAGCCGUGUGACGCGACCCCCACGUCCAUUGCUGCCCCGGGAUGUGGGCAGCAGACGGAUCGUCCGGAGGAGCCACCUGCAGAGCCAGGCUCCUGGAGACCAGCAUCCCCUCGCUGCCCCGUCCUGACACCGGGCCCCUGUCUCUGCACAUGCGUGACUCUCCAGGGUUCCUCUUCACUGUGAUUUACCUUUGAUCCAGCCAUUUGGUACUUGUCUCUUGAUGCCUCGUAAUGAUUCUUGACAAAUGUUAAUUUAUAUAAAAUCAGGAAUCGCUGUUUUUAUAUUGUUUGCAGCAUUGUGAGCCACUUUAUUAUUAAAAAUUAUUUUAAGAAGAA